UUAUCCACAUGUUCAUCGGCCACCGCCACUCCAUCGUCCUCUAAAAACCGCAUAUCGCGGAAUACAGGCGCGGAACAAGAAAGCAAUGGCUUCCUUGACCAUGGCUUCCUUCGCUCUGAGACUGCCCCCUUCGUCCUCUCGAGCUUCUCCAGGGUCGGUCCGUCUCGCGCCGCUCAAUGCGGCGACCAACUCUCUGAAGCUCAGCUCCGUCCGUUGCAUCUCCGGGUUUCCCUCGCUCCAGUCCCGCAAAGUGUCCGCAGUCUCUCCCCUCUCUCGGAGCCCGAGGCCUCUGACCGUCGUCUCCGCGAAAGGCUACAAGAUGAAGACCCACAAGGCUUCGGCGAAGCGAUUCAGAGUGACGGGUAGAGGGAAGAUUGUGCGGAGGAGGGCUGGAAAGCAGCAUCUGCUCGCGAAGAAGAACACCAAAAGGAAAUGGCGAUUGUCAAAGAUGCAUCCUGUCAGCCGGAGUGACUAUGACAAUGUCAUCGGUGCCUUACCGUAUCUGAAAGUCAAUAGACUGGCAAAGUAGAUUAAUUUUCUCUGGAUGAAGGCGCUUUUGGUUUGUUUCCUGUAAUUGCUUCAUUCGUGCGAAACACAACUGCUUUCUGAAUUGUUCCAUUUCAGAUCAAGUCUAAUGAAGUUUUAGCUUUUCCGAGUUAACAUGUUAUGCAUCUAUGAACAAGAAUUCCAUA